AAUGAACAGUACACGCCGGCAGUCCGUUGGGAGAGUUCCCGUUGCAGUAACCGCAUUAACACCCUAAGCUUUUGUUUAAGUGUUUAGUGUCGCACGCUGACGACAUAGCGCCGAAAAUCGUAGGAAAACAAAUACUCAUAUGUAUAUUUCGUUUCAUUGCAUAUAUUCAUACAUCAUAUAAAAGUUGUAUAUUAAACCAAACUAUUAUUUGUAAAGUGAACAAGUCAAUUAACACAGCUGAUUGCAAUAACAAAUAAAUAUCAAAAUGACAGCAAUACAACAGCAACCAGAUGAACUAAUAGCAAAUCCGCCACUGCAAUCUCCGCAGCAGAAGUUUGCAUUGCUACCGAAGAUCAUUAACGGCGGCAUUGCUGGCAUUAUUGGCGUCACGUGUGUGUUUCCAUUGGACUUGGUAAAGACUCGGCUGCAGAACCAGCAAAUCGGUCCAAAUGGCGAACGUAUGUACACUAGCAUGUUCGACUGCUUUCGCAAAACGUAUUCUGCAGAGGGAUAUUUCGGAAUGUACCGCGGCUCGGCCGUGAAUAUUUUGUUAAUCACACCUGAGAAGGCGAUCAAACUGACGGCGAAUGAUUACUUCCGACAUAAACUUACCACCAAGGAUGGUAAACUGCCAUUGAGCUGCCAAAUGCUGGCUGGCGGUUUGGCUGGUGCUUUCCAAAUUAUAGUGACCACGCCCAUGGAGCUGCUGAAAAUUCAAAUGCAGGAUGCCGGGCGUGUUGCCGCUGCCGCUAAAUUGGCUGGCAAAAGCGUUGAAAAAGUGUCAGCCACACAAUUGGCCACGCAACUGAUCAAAGAGAAGGGUAUCGUUGGCCUGUAUAAGGGCAUUGGUGCUACGGGCCUACGUGAUGUCACAUUUUCAGUCAUUUACUUUCCACUUUUUGCCACACUUAAUGAUUUGGGUCCUCGGCGGAACGAUGGCUCUGGCGAAGCGGUAUUUUGGUGCUCCUUCUUGGCCGGUUUGGCAGCUGGCUCAACGGCAGCCCUGGCAGUCAAUCCGUUUGACGUAGUCAAAACGCGUUUGCAGGCUCUUAAAAAGGCCGAUGGCGAAAAAGAGUUUAAGGGAAUAUCUGAUUGCAUUAGCAAAACUCUGAAGCACGAAGGACCCACCGCUUUUUUCAAGGGAGGUCUUUGCCGUAUGAUAGUGAUUGCUCCAUUGUUUGGUAUCGCACAAACCGUUUACUAUUUGGGCGUAGCCGAAGGCUUGCUGGGCGUACAAAAGAAGCAAAAGAACUUCUACCCCAAUGACAAUAAGAUAAUUCAAAUCAAUGCUAUAUUAUGUAAGUGUUUAUUUUAGCCAAACAUAUCUAUAAAAUUGCAAAUGAUGUCUCUAUAGAUAAACAUUACAAUUAGUCUCUACAAUUUGCCCGUUCUUUUGCCGUUAUGAUUAUUUAGUAAAUUGCAUUUUUGUCUUCUUUUGCUUUUAGGCAACGAAUAAUGUAACUGUUAAAAACAUUAAAGCAAUAUUACAUAUUGACAUGCAUACAUAUAUUCUACAAAAACUGACAUAAUAUUAUUACGUUAGUGAAAUGUACCCACAUUUUAUUACAUCAAUUAUUAUACGUUUUCAAAUUUCAAGUUAAAGCAUUUUAAUCGAUUGGCAACUGAAACGAAAUCUGAAAGUUUUGCCGUCCUGCCCAGAGUCAUUAACGGCGGUAUUGCGGGCAUCAUUGGUGUAACAUGUGUCUUUCCGUUGGAUUUGGUGAAGACGCGACUGGAAAAUCAGCAAAUCGGUCCCAAUGGUGAACCCAUGUUCGAUUGCUUCCGCAAGAUUUACGCGGCGGAGGGUUACUUUGGCAUGUACCGCGACCGUUAACGACUAUUUUCGUUAUCACCUGGCUACUCCGGAGGGAAAACUAACUCUGUUCAUGCAAUGUCUGGCCGGAGGUUUAGCUGGUGUAUUUUAAAUCAUUGUGAGCUUUUAAAGAUUCAAGAUUUAAAAAUUGAUACAUAAGUGUACACCUAGCAAAACAUAAGUACAUAGGACCUGAGGCAUUAUUUAAGGGCGGGCUGUGUCGCAUGAUUGCAGUUGCUCCACUUUUUGGAAUAGCUCAGAUGGUCUACUUUUUGGGUAUGACCGAACGUAUUCUGGAUAUUGAACAAAAUUAGCCUGUGUAACUUAAUUUUGUUAUAAUUUAAAAUUUGAUUAAUUUUUUUCGACUACAACAAUGUGGUUC